CGGAAAUGGCUAUUGUAUUCAUAGCGUACAUGCAACAAUUAAAACCAUGAAGCCUGAAUCCCACGAUCUUACAAGAAACUGCACUGGAUUUGGCGUUUCUCUGGCAGGGGGCGCUGUGUACCCGCACACCUGCAUCCAGGUGAAGUAAACGUAAACGAGACAAAAGGAUGGAUGAUAACCUCCAUCAACCAAAGAGUCAAAGAGGACUUUCCAUUUAUUUGACCUCAGAUGUUCACAUCAGAUGGAUCGAGCCGUGGUCUGGUUUGUGUUCUGCUUGGCUCUUUGUGUCGGGAUGGAGUCUGCCGGAGCCCCUCAGUCCGGUCCUCUGACGCGCUCUGACACGAGCUUGUGGAGGAACGAUCGACCGGUGAACGACUCGGUGGUUCUCCACGAUUACAUGGUGUUCUUGUACCGAGCACUGUCCAAGCUUCAGCGGAGACACGAUUCACGUGGAUUUGCAAACACAGUGACAAGUUUUGUGGACCAAGGAAAAGAUCUGUCAUCCUGGGACAACGGUCAGCGUUACAUCUUCGACUUGUCCAGUUGGCCCAGGAUGGAUAAGCUGGUGGAGGCAGAGCUCAGAAUACUAAGGAAUCCUGCAGUCGACGUUCUGUCCAUCCUAACAACCGGAGGAAACCUUUACAACAUCCGUCUGUACUCCUGUUCUGCUGAGGGUGCUUCUGAUAGACAGCUCUUAGACUCCCGCACUAUAGAGGUUCUGGAUGGUAGUCUCCCCAGGUGGGAAGUGUUUGAUGUCUGGACAAACAUGAAGGCCCAUCAGACGAAUCCCACAGAAUCAACACAGGCCUGCUUCCACCUCCUGGCUUUGUCUCAACUGACCAACGAGGUGGCUGACCCGCUGCUCCUGGGGCUGGAUCGCCACACACGACUACCACAGGAGAGAGCUUUGCUGGUGGCUUUCUCACAUGCUGACACCACUGACGGUCUGUUCAGAGAUAUGAUGCACAAGAGGCUCCCUACACCACUCAAAGCUAUUCCAAAAGAUGAAAAGAUGCACUGGCUGCACCACAAAAAAGCCUUGUCCAAACGGUCAUUCAGUGGGACAGGAGGAGGAUCGGCAGUGGCAGGGACUGAAAGGAAAACUGGACAUAGGGGGAUCCGCUGCAGCCGUAAACCCCUCCAUGUGAACUUUAAAGGUCUGGGCUGGGACGACUGGAUCAUUGCCCCUCUGGACUAUGAGGCAUAUCACUGCGAUGGGGUGUGUGACUUCCCGCUGCGCUCCCACCUGGAGCCCACAAACCAUGCCGUCAUCCAGACCCUCAUGAACUCCAUGGACCCAGAUAUCAGUCCACCUAGCUGCUGCGUCCCCUCCAAGCUCAGUCCCAUCAGCAUCCUCUACAUCGACUCAGGCAACAAUGUGGUCUAUAAGCAGUACAAGGACAUGGUGGUGGAGAGCUGUGGAUGUCGGUAGCAGCACUAAGAACACUGGCUGUACUGUAAACUGCACAGAGCUUCAGUUGUGAAAGACAAAAUAAAAAGUUAUAAUCAGUUAUUUAAAUACAUGUGUCCAGUAUUUGUAUGAAUGUCCAUAGAGGAUUCAUUCAAUAAUUAACCUUUCUUAUUUAAUAGUCUUAUGUAGACUGAAAUAUGAUUAUAAUAACGGACUGCAUUAUGAUACACUGUUA